AUUAACGUCGUUUUACCAAGUGGUUGUGUUUUUUUGGGAAACUCACGGCUUCGCGUGCCACAUCCCUUUGCGCCAUGGCUCAUAACGCCAUGGCAGCAGCAGGGCCUGCAGCAGCUGGAAAAUGGAAGCUGCUGUCCCGCCGCAUCGAUGCCACGGACACCCCCGUCAUUGACUUCACUCGUCGUGUCAUGGCCAAACGCAAAGACGCGCUUUCACUAGCACAGGGUAUCGUGCACUGGGGCCCUCCCCCUGCCGCCCUGGAGCGCCUCUCAGCCCGCCUGGCCGCUGACCCUGCGGCAGUCAGCGGCUACGCGCCCAACGAGGGGCUGCCGGCGCUGCGAGCGGCGCUGCGGCACAAGCUGCUGGAGCGCAACAAACUGCCGCAUUACGACGUCAUCGUCACGCCGGGCUGCAACCAGGCCUUCCUGAAUGCGCUGCUGGCGCUGUGCGACGUGGAGGACCGGGUGGUGCUGUUCCGCCCCUACUACUUCGACCACCUCAUGGCAAUGCAGAUGACCGGCAGUGCCGACCGGGUGGUGUUGGGCGAGUGCGACCCCGCCUCGCAGCGCCCCUCCCUGGAGUGGCUGCGGGGGCAGCUGGCGGGACCGCAGCCGCCCAAGAUGGUGGUGCUGGUCAACCCAUGCAACCCAACGGGAGUACUGCUCACUCGCGGCGAGCUGGAUGCCCUCAGCUCCCUGUGCGCCUCUGCGGGCUGCUGGCUGGUGCUGGACAACACGUAUGAGGACUUCAUUUUCGCGCCAGACGGCGAGCACUACUGUCCCGCGGGUCCCCACGUGAUCCACCUCUUCUCCAUGUCCAAAGCGUACGGCAUGAUGGGUUGGCGCAUCGGCUACAUCGCUUUCCCCGACUACCAGCACCACAACAGGGACGUGGAGGGGGAGAGGGACGGCUUUGCAGCGGCAACCGCAACAGCUGCUGCUCCUGCUGGCCCUGUAGCAGCGGCAGCAGCAGCAGACGGGGCAGCAGCAGCAGCAGCAGCAGGAGGUGGAGGUGCUGGUGUCAGCGCUGAUGCCAGAUCCGCAGUUACACAACCGUCGUCAGCGGUUGCAAUCGGGUCGGCCCCGGGCGCCCUCGGUGCCGCACAGUUGAAGGUCCAGGACGCGGUGUGUAUCUGCGCCCCGCAGCCCAGCCAGCUGCUGGCCCUGGAGGCGCUGGGGCCGGGAGGCGGCGACUACGUGCGGGAGCACAUACAGCAGCUGACGGCCAACCGCGACCUGCUUCGCUCCGCGCUGGCGCCCCUGGAGCCGCAUGUGGUGGGCGGCGAGGGGGCCAUCUACCUUUGGGCGCGACUGCCGCCCAGCUGCUGCCGCGGCGGCAAGGGGGGCAAGGGCAGCAGCGAUGGCAAGGAGUGCAAGGAGGGCGAGAAGAGCGGCAACGGAGGGGGCGAGGGCGAGGUGGAUGGCGUGCCGAGGGAGGAGGAGGAGGAGGAGGUUGAUGACCGGUCGGUGGUGGAAUGGCUGGUGGCGCAGGCGGGCGUGUGCGUCAUACCGGGAUCAGCGUGCGGCAUGCCGGGCUACAUCCGCUGCUCCUACGCCAACCUGCCGCCCCAGCAGUUCCCCCGGGCUGUAGCGCGGCUACGAGCGGGGCUGCAGCACCUGGUGCAGUAUGGCAUGACGGACAUGCCGCAGGAGGCUGUAGCGGGGUUGUGAGGGGCUGAAGCAGCGUGGGGAGAAGAUGAGAGGGGAGAGAGUGGUCCGUGUACGGUACAUGGUUAAAAGCGCAAUGAGGAAUUGUCGUGACGGGUAUGGCGGCCGUUUGGGGGCACGGUAGGCGUCGAGGACAGCCGCAGUUGGGGUUUUGUGUUAUGCCCUGCCAUUGCGAAACAUGGUAGGGACAAGUGCCAAUUGGGGGAAUGGCAUGACGUGGCCCUGAUCCACGCUUGGCAGCUGCCAUCCGAGCGGUAUAUGUAUUAUAAACAUUUGGCUACCCCUCUGGUAUGUGUUGAAGGGUUAUGGUUGUCCCAUUGGAAUUUCGGUGAUGGUCACUCGUAGGUACAAGUCAACGUGGCCGGACUUGACGCCCUGCACAGGGGCUUUGGGGUUGUCAGAUACAGUCCAUACUCUUGCGGUGCGGAGGGGGGUUUAACCAGCCAGCUCAGGGAUGCAGGGCGAACUUUGCUCGUAUGCCUGUCGUAAAGAUGAUACCGGUAUGGCAAUUUACCCCGCGUGCAGUGCACGGCACGUGUAUUAGAUUCCGGCUGAGUGCGGUCAUGUAAUGUACAGCUGUUGGACA